UAUUCCUUCAACUCGUCUAAAUUUAUUAAGAUCCUUCUUGGGUAGUCUAAAUCAAAUUUAAGGUUCAAUUUAUAAUUAAUGGAAUGUGUUUAAUUCGGUUUUCAUUUUAAUCGGCGCCUAUAUAUGAGUUGUGUUCAGCUAUUACUAGUUUUGUACACAUACUGGUGUUAUACGUGUUUCGACUAUGAUCUACCUGUCAAACAUCGCUUUGUUUUAUACCAAUGUCGUCAUAACAUUUCUCCAUUUGACUGAAACAACACAUUCCUAUGUUAAUGUUGCCUUGUAUAAACCAGCAUACCAAAAGCACCCCGCGUACCCUGGCUAUGACAAAUAUGACGCCAGUAACGCUGUAGAUGGGCUCAGGUCAGACCUCAGAUGGGAUGGAGGACAAUGUGUCGUGUCACGUGGUUCUGAUACCGCCACCUGGUGGGUCAACCUGACCACUAUCUAUAGUAUCCAUCACAUCACGAUUUACUACAGAACGGAUAAUUCAAAAUGGGGUAGCAAUACAUUUUUACCGGCAAGCUUUUUAGGAUUUUCGAUCUAUAUCUCGAACACGACCGACAUUCUACAGGGGAAGUUGUGUUUCAAGGACAGGAACUUUACACUUUACACAAUACCUGCCGUCAUAACAGUCAAUUGUCCCGUACAUGGACUAUACGUCAUAUAUUACAACGAGAGGCUCCCACGGGUUUUUCACCCGGACGGCUAUUCUGUGAACGCAUACAAUGAGCUUUGUGAAGUGGAGGUGUUCGGUUGCCCUACAAGUGGAUAUUAUGGAUCCAACUGCUCCAUCCCCUGUCCAGACGCAAACUGUCGAUUCUGUCACAUAGAGACGGGCACCUGCCAAGGCUGUAAACCUGGAUAUCAAGGUCAACGUUGUGAAUUAGAAUGCUCAAAUGUUAAGUUCGAGGACGGUUGUCACCGAGAUUGCGGAUAUUGUAGAAAUAUGUCACUUUGUCACCACGAAAACGGAGCAUGCCCAAGCGGAUGUGAACCCGGAUAUAAACAAUACGAUUGCAAACAACCUUGUGACAAAGGAUUCUACGGGGUUGAUUGCAAUGAAACGUGUGGUAGUUGCCUCGAUGUCAGCCAAUGUUUCCACAUAAAUGGGACGUGUUUGACUGGAUGUUCUGCUGGUUAUCAAGGGGAAUUUUGUAAAGCACCUUGUACCAGAGGAUCGUACGGCAUUAACUGCAACGAAACUUGUGGUCACUGUUUCAAUGGUAGCCAGUGUUCAUCAAUAAAUGGGUCGUGUCCACGUGGGUGUGAUACUGGUUAUACCGGGGACCUGUGUACAACAAGUUGUGCCAACGGAAAGUAUGGCGAUGAAUGCAAGGAAGAGUGUGGAUAUUGCCGUGAUGUGAAACAGUGUGUCCAUAGCAACGGUUCGUGUCUCACUGGAUGUAGUGAUGGUUUCCAGGGGGAACUGUGUAAAACACGUUGUGACAAAGGACGUUACGGGGUUAACUGCUCAGAAAAUUGUGGAAACUGUGCAGACAUGAGCAAGUGCUUCCAUGUGAAUGGCACGUGUUUGACAGGCUGUGCGGCCGGAUUUCAGGGUGAACUUUGUAAAACACGUUGUGAUAGCAACCUAUACGGAAUUAACUGCAAUGAAACCUGUGGGAACUGUCGUAACGAUGACCAAUGUCUGAAUACAAACGGAACGUGCUUAUAUGGAUGUGCCGAUGGUUAUAAAGGCGACCUGUGUAAAAUUCCCUGUGAGAAUGGACGGUAUGGGGAUCAGUGUAGUGAAACUUGUGGACACUGUAGCGACGUUACCCAAUGCUCUCACAUUAACGGAACCUGCUUAACCGGAUGUAAGCCUGGUUACCAAGGAAAACUAUGCAAACCACUGUGCAAUUUUAAGUCCAACACAUCAAAAGAAGAGUGCGUAUUUUGCCUCGGUAAUUGCAAAGAUGAUUCACCUUGCACCAACUUGACAGGGGUGUGUGCGAACGGAUGUAAGAACUAUUGGACUGGGGAAUACUGUCAAGAUUGCACAGUUGGUUUUCAUGGAGAAGACUGUAAUAAGAAAUGUGGACAGUGUGUGGAUGGAAUACCUUGUAAUGUGUCAUCUGGUAUUUGUCCAUCGGGGUGCCAAAACUACUGGGUAGGACCUAUGUGUACAGAAUGUUUGCCUUACAAGUACGGUCCAAAUUGCUCGUUGGACUGUGGUCAUUGUAAAGAUGCUGGUCCAUGUUCCGGGGUGACUGGAAAAUGCGCAGAUGGAUGUCAACAAGGUUGGACAGAUGAUUUUUGUUUAACAGCGAUUUCAACAGACAUUUUCGUAACAAAAAGCGAAGGGAUAUCGACACUAUAUCUCUAUGCCAUCAUAGGUGCUCUCGCCAUGUUUCUAUUGGUAGCCAUUGUUGUCAUUUUCCUCAAGGUAGGACGGAAGUCUACAAAUCCUUACCAUAAACAUCCCACUGACGACGCCAAGCCAAACCUUCAGAACGCUUCAAACAAUUAUGACAGCUUAAAACGACCCGGGGGAAUGAAUAUUUACUUCUCAUUGGAACCGAAAAAACAAGAGUCGCAUUAUGAAGACAUUAACAUAACCAUAUGAGAUCACAUUUAUAUAAACAUCGAAGUUCAAACACUUCCAUUAACAAUAGUUAGUUACCUAUUUUAGUUACAUAUUUUAGGAUAAAACUUAACUGUACUUGAUAUGGUGUCAAUCAUUGGCAUUGUGACUAAAUUGCUGCCACGUUCUAAAAGAAAAUGAUAUUUUGUUUUCUAAAGAUCUGAUUCUGCAUCAGUAACAAAAUUUGCCAAAAAGAAUCCUUUUUGUAAUUAUAUUUUUGGUACUUUUUCCUAAAUUAUUUUCUUUAUUGAAAAGCGAGUUUGGAAGAAAAGACCGUUUAAGAAUAAUCAUUUUUGAAUUUUUAAAAGAGACAUUUCCUGCUUAAUAUCAUUAAAUGAAUACGUACACAUUCAGCACUUUAUGCUUGAUGGGAUUUUGAUGUUUGAUAUUUCGUGUUAAAAAGCAACCAUAAAAGACAAAUUUCAACAAAGUAUUUGACUAUUAUUUGCCAAGUAAAUGAAAUGUGGUUUUUUUUAGUUUUACACAUAAUAACAGGAAGGGUGGGCCUUUUUUUUUUAGAAUAAGACUUAAUUUCAAAAUGAAAUCAGUCUCUGUAGAUUGGAAAGAUUUGGACUUAAAUGCAUUAAAUGAAAUCACAUUUAAAGAUUUCAAAAAAAAAAAAAAUGGCAAAAUAUCAAAAUACAUAUCGGGAGUGAAAAUGUCCAUGAAUUAGUUAAACGUGCCUGCAUAGCAAUCAAGGUGAAUCCCUACUCGAGUGACAUCAUCAUUGGUAUGCAAUGAAUUGAAAAUUAAUUUAUGUAAUGAUCAAUUUUGGAUAAUCACAUACCUAAUGUUUAGACGUUGUAUUAUUAACAUAUACUAAA